GUCAGUGAAGGCAUGGUUCUCUCAUUCAUCAUCGUCCAGAACCGGCAGGGCAAAACUCGCCUCGCAAAGUGGUAUGCGCCGUAUAACGAUGACGAGAAAGUGAGAUUAAAGGGCGAGGUUCAUCGCCUUGUUGCCCCACGGGACCAGAAAUAUCAAUCAAACUUCGUCGAGUUUAAGCGGAGCACCAAGAUCGUAUACAGGCGAUAUGCGGGCUUGUUUUUUUGUGUCUGCGUCGAUGCAAACGACAACGAACUAGCAUACCUGGAAGCCAUACACUUUUUUGUGGAAGUCCUGGACCAGUUUUUUGGCAACGUCUGUGAGUUGGAUUUGGUUUUUAACUUUUACAAGGUUUACGCAAUUCUCGAUGAGGUGUUUCUUGCCGGUGAAAUUCAAGAGACCAGCAAGCAAGUCGUGCUCACAAGGUUGGAGCACCUGGACAAACUUGAAUAAGCAUCUGAAGUGAUAAGGAUACCCUACAUACUGUUUUUCGUACUCGCUGCCUUGGAUUGAUUGGGCAUUGUACAUCAAACCCUUUGCGUUGCACAGAGUUUCAUGAGCCAAAUGAAGCAUCCACACUUUAUACAGAAUAAUACUUUUUCAAUACU